AAGGCAAAUUGCCCCCCCCCUGAGCCAUGCAGGGGGGUCCAGGCGCCCGGCCGGCGAGUGCAGCCCCUUCACCGAGAUAGCCAUGAACAGCUGCCGGCACAACGGGGGGGCCCUGGGGCCGCUGGGCCGCUUGGGGGUCUCGCCCCGCCACCUGCGUGAGCUGGACGCUGAGACGCAGCCGCUGCAGACCUUCCCCCCCGAGGCCGACCUGGAGGUGGUGGUCUCCAAGGCCGCGUCGGAGCCCCAUCUGGACGGCGGGGCAGAGGAGGAAGAGAGGGGGCCCGGGGGGCGCAACCGGCCCCCGAAGAGGAACCAGAACGUCGGGCACCGGCUGGGCCACCGGAGGGCGCUCUUCGAGAAGCGCAAGCGGCUGAGCGACUACGCGCUCAUCUUCGGCAUGUUCGGUAUCGUGGUGAUGGUGACGGAGACCGAGCUGUCCUGGGGCAUCUACUCCAAGGAUUCCUCCUACUCCUUUGCCCUCAAAUGCCUCAUCAGCCUCUCCACCGCCAUCCUGCUGGGGCUCAUCCUCAUGUACCACGCCCGGGAGAUCCAGCUCUUCAUGGUGGACAACGGGGCGGACGACUGGCGCAUCGCCAUGACCUUCGAGCGCAUCUUCUUCAUCGCGCUGGAGCUGCUGGUCUGUGCCAUCCACCCCAUCCCCGGCCAGUACUUCUUCACCUGGACCACCCGCCUGGCCUUCACCUACGCCACCUCGGAGGCCAGCACGGACGUGGACAUCACCCUCUCCAUCCCCAUGUUCCUGCGCCUCUACCUGAUCGGGCGGGUGAUGCUGCUGCACAGCAAGCUCUUCACGGACGCCUCUUCGCGCAGCAUCGGCGCCCUGAACAAGAUCAACUUCAACACCCGCUUCGUCAUGAAGACCCUCAUGACCAUCUGCCCCGGCACCGUCCUGCUGGUCUUCAGCAUCUCCUCCUGGAUCAUCGCCGCCUGGACGGUGCGCGUCUGCGAGAGGUACCACGACAAGCAGGACGUGACCAGCAACUUCCUGGGCGCCAUGUGGCUGAUCUCCAUCACCUUCCUCUCCAUCGGCUACGGGGACAUGGUGCCCCACACCUACUGCGGGAAGGGGGUCUGCUUGCUCACUGGGAUUAUGGGCGCGGGGUGCACAGCCCUCGUGGUGGCCGUGGUGGCCCGGAAGCUGGAACUCACCAAAGCGGAGAAACACGUCCACAACUUCAUGAUGGACACACAACUGACAAAGCGGGUGAAAAACUCAGCGGCCAACGUGCUCAGGGAAACGUGGCUCAUCUACAAACACACCAAGCUGGUGAGAAAACUCGACCACGCGAAGGUGCGGAAACACCAGCGUAAGUUCCUCCAAGCCAUCCAUCAGUUGAGGAGCGUCAAGAUGGAGCAGAGGAAGCUGAGUGACCAGGCCAACAUGCUGGUGGACCUCUCCAAGACCCAGAACAUCAUGUACGACAUGGUGUCCGAGCUGCAGGAGCGCAACGAAGACCUGGAGAAGCGCAUCAGUGCGCUGGAGGGCAAAAUUGACACGCUGGGGUUCACCCUGCAUGCGCUGCCGGGCCUGGUGAGCCAAGCCAUCUGGCGGCAGCAGCAGCAGCAGCAGCAGCAGCACCGGGCCCUGCCCCGGCUCCACGGCUCGGAGCGCACUCUGUGGGCCCCCACGCAGCGGCGGAAGUCUCCCUCCACCGCCCCGCACACGUCCUCCAACAGCGGGUGACACACGCCGGAGGCCCCCCGAGCAGCUCUGCUGCCUAUGGCCAUCGUGUGGCCGGAUCCCUCUGAGCUUCUUUCUGGAAAGCCCCCGAGGCCCAGCGGCCUCCGCGGAGGAGGGCAGAGAGGGAGGGCCAGGCCACCUUGGGCUCAGCCCGGCCGGUUCCAGUGCAACAUUGGGCAAAGCUUUGGGGCAGGGAGGGGCGGUCUUGGUAGGAAUCAUGCAUGUUCGUGGGAAGGAAGGAAGGAAGGAAGGGAAGGUGGUGAGCAGCUUCAGCGUUUCAGUUGGAAGGAGUAAGGAAAAAUCUGAGACCCCUCAGGAGGUGGGGGGGCCGCCCCCUUCCCCGUGAGCCCUGCCGGGAACGGGUCGCCGCCUGUGGGGGUGGCAUCACUGGGUGCGUCCCGUGACUUGGUUGGAAGCAGAUCCCCCGGCGUCCAGGGAGCGCAGGAGGACGUGACUUUUUGUAAUAAAAUGGAGGCAAUGCCUCCUGGGUCAGCCUGGAAGUGCAUCGCAUCCUUUGGCAUGAUUGACAGCCCAAUUUCUUGCCCAAGACAGACCCCACGAUCGGGUUGGUUGACCUAUCCGCAUGAAAAGGGGAGGCAGCCCUGACCGACUCGGGUGUUUCAGAGAAUAGUGGAGUGAAGCGAAAGUGACUCACUGCCUCUGCGUGGUUGUUGUGUGUUUGUCCAUCGUUGUCAAUAUAGAUCUCAACA